AUGCACCUUUACUCUCUCUUCACUUCUUUGGCCUUGGGCUCCUUUGUACUUGGAGGUGCGGGCCCGUCAAAGGCACCAACAAGCCCUUAUUGCAAAGGAGAAUGCCAGAAGAACUUUACUAUGGGCUGGGAGAUUGAUGCUGGAAACUGGGUGGCUGCGAACCUCAGCCAUGAUCCAUUCUGGCAUCUUCCGCAGAACGUCUCGACAGCCAAACCUGGUGAUAUCCUGCGAUGGCAAGACAUCGAUGCUACCACUGUCGGCGCCAAUUGGACUAUUCCUGCCGGCGCGUCCCUUUCUAGAUUUCAAUAUGCAAGCGAGGAUGUUGACGGAAAGAUUGUUGCCGCGAGUGCAUUUCUCCUUAUCCCAUAUGCGCCGACAAAUGGUGCCAAAAGGCUAAGGACAUUGGUAUGGACUCACGGCACUGCUGGCGUCGUCCCUAUCUGCGCCCCCACGAACCACAGAAAUUUAUAUUACGAUUGGCAAGCACCAUACUCUUUUGUGCAACUUGGAUACGCUGUCGUUGCACCGGACUAUGCUGGCCUCGGAAGCACCACGCCCAAGGGAUUUCAGUACAUAGCAGGCUGGACUCACGCUGCCGAUGUGGCAUUCAGUGUUAUCGCUGCCAAGAAGAGAAUAGGGACACUUCUCUCUGACGAAUGGGUGACUGUCGGUCAGAGUGAAGGCGGGAUGGCCGCUUGGCGUGUCAACGAGAGGCUGGCGCUGCCAGGCCAAGAUGCUCUGAAGAAGGCCGGAAACUUUCUCGGCUCAGUCGCCAUCGCCCCGGCAAACCGCCCGACCGACCUCAUCGACUAUCUGAACAGCAUGCCUGCUUCGGCAGAUGGCUCUGCCAAUGGACUUACCGCCUAUCUCCUACCCAAUAUCGCCAAUCUCUACCCAGAGCUACAUGUUGAGGAUUAUCUGACCAAGACUGCUAUCGGACGUCUCACUCUCAUACGGCAGAGCUGUACAUAUGGUGGUUACUACGCCGCAGGGAACAUGGCCAACGAAGAAUUCUACAAGAACUCAUCGUGGACCAAGCACCCGGCGGUUGCGGCAUGGAGGAAGACGUACAUGGGAGAAGGUCACUGGAAGUUGGCGGCGCCCUUGAUGAUAGUUCAGGGGGUCGACGAUGGAAUUGUUCCUAUCAAGUUUACGGUUGAGGAUUACAAAAAGACCUGCAAAGAAGAACCCGGCUCUUCCGUCAGAUUUUUGACAUACGCAGGUCAGAACCAUGACAGCGUUACGGUCUCCGCGCAGGCUGACUAUAUGUCAUGGGUCAAUGAUUUGUUCAAUGGAAAGAAGAUGAAGAAGGGUUGCUCCCGGGAAGAUAUUCGUCCAUUGACAGAUCGGUUUCAACGAGUGGCCAUCCAGUAUAUCGCCAACUUGUAA